AGCUAACUGCUAACCUAAACUCUAUGGAAUACCCUCAAAAGCACUUUCCAUGUAGGUUUUUUCCUUUAUCCUUCCUCAAUCCUUAGCCUGUUACAGGUUCCAUGGGAAAGAUGAUUCCCAGGUGCUCAUGUUUGGAACAGAAGAAAAUCCUACAUCAAAAUUAAGAAACUUUUGAGUCAAUAAUAGCUACAAAAGUUCUCCCAACAUGACAUCACUAAGAAACUUUUACACACUACUUUUUAUUUGAAUUAUCCACCUGUAUAAUGCUUCCAAUCUUCAAGAUCUUUAUAUCAGGAAAGCAAGCUGUCUGAUUUCCUCCAAUGGCUAACUCUGAUAAUUUUUAGAUGGUAAACAAGAUAUCUAAUUCUGAACAGGCUAUCAAAAAUUUUACAAGGUGCAAAUCCCAAGCCAACAUGAUAAAAAUUCUCAAAGAUGUCAGUGGCAUCAUCAAGCCUUCAAGGAUGACUCUAUUGCUGGGACCUCCAGGUUGUGGGAAAACCACUUUGUUACUGGCACUGGCAGGAACGCUAAAUCAGCCUCUCAAGGUAACAGGAGAGAUCACCUACAAAGGUUGCUAUUUGGAUAAGUUUGUUCCUCAGACAACAUCAGCUUAUAUCAGCCAAUAUGACCUGCACAUUCCUGAAAUGUCUGUGAGGGAAACACUUGACUUCUCGGCACGUUGUCAGGGCAUUGGAAGCAGAGCAGGUAGGCUUAUUUAUGCAAAUUAUUUUCAUGAUAGAUUAUAAUCAAAUUACAGUGAUCUAAGGGUCCAAGUUGUCUCCCAUUGAAGAAAUUAUGAUGGAAGUAGAAGAGAGAAGCAAGCUGGGAUUACCCCAGAAGCAGACAUAGACACUUGCAUGAAGGUAAACAAUCUGCAGGAAGUUCAACUCUCUAUCAUGUUCCCAAGUAGUGGCAGCUGUUAGA